GACUGGAUCCAAGAAGUUUCAGGAGAUAAAAGUGCAGUGUUUUGUAAAUACUAAAAUGCACGGUCUUGGAACAGAUAAUGCAUCUGUUAUGAUAGGCGUUAACAAUGGCGUUUUCCGUAAACUUAAGAACGAAAUACCUCAUUUAAUAUUGAAUCGUUGUGUGUGCCAUUCUAUUCAAUUAGCUGUUUCACAUGCUGUAGCAGAUGCACUUCCUAGAAAUUUAGAGUUUUUAGUCAGUGAAACAUACAAUUGGUUUUCAAGAUCAACAGAACGUCAAGAACAAUAUAAAGUGCUAUUUAAAGCUUUAAAUGAUAAUUUAGAACCUUUGAAAAUUCUUCAAGUUGCAAAUACUCGUUGGUUAUCCAUCGCAGAUGCAGUACGUAGAAUUCUUCAACAAUGGCUAGAACUUAAAACUCAUUUNCAAUUAAAAAGAGUUGCAGAGAAAUGUUAUACUGCAGAACUUUUGUAUAAUAUGUAUGCAGAUAUUUGUAAUGAGUUAUAUUUUAUAUUUCUGGAACCUAUCUUAGAUGAAACUCAGUCUGUCAACAAAUCGUUUNAAAAAGUACAAGAAUAUCAAGAUGCUUCAGGUAACAAUCCUUUUAAAGACAUUGUCAAUUUAGCACUAAAAUGUAUUGUGCUCCCAUGGUCAAAUGCUAAUGUAGAAAGAGCAUUUAGUCAAAUGAAGAUUGUCAAAACUACUUUCCGCAAUCGUCUCCAUCAGAAUACAAUUAAUGCUAUUCUUACUACGCGAGCGGGAUUGCAAAGAACAGGCAAAUGCUGUUUUAAUUAUGAAUUUCCAACUUCAGUUCUUCGGCAAAUAGGUACUGUAGCAGUAUAUAAAAAUCAAACUAAUGUUUUAAAGGUUCCAUUGAAAUAAAAUUUGGAUCCAAAUGAACAUUCGGAUUCAAAUGAUUCGGACAAUUUAGAUUGUUUACUUAUAGAUUAAGAAGUCUCCUAUUUAAUGUGAUGUUGCGGCAGGAUCCUAACUUUUUGCUAAUUUAUAUUUUAUAUUCUUUGUCUUUACAUAUGCAUUCAUUUCUUGUUUAUUUUAUUUCUUGCUUGUCAAUUACAUAAGUAAUAUUACGAAGUAACACUACUAAAAUAAAAAAAAAUUCAUAUAUAAAUUAGUUUUUAGAUACAUGAUAGUGCAAUAUAUGUUAAUAAGUUUCGAGAUUUUAUAGAGAUUGUUUGUUUUG